GAGCCCAAGUUAGGCCCUGGGUGGAUACACGUGGAAUUGAUACUUUAGGCCCUGAAACCCAGACCUCCUUCCGCAACCCUUGUCCACUCUUGUGGCCUCUUAACUUCGUCAUUCUCAGAGUGCUGAGCCCUCGGCCCCGUCCCGGCUGCAGCUUGGCCGGGUGAUCCCAGCCAAGUGUCCCUCUGAUCCCGGUGAUGCCUUUAGUGUCCCUCUGAUCGCCGCCCACCCGCCACGGAGUCGCUAUGGCGGCCUUGCCUGUUUACACCACUUCCUAACCCAAAAUAUGGUUGUCAGAGAGGAACUGCAUUGAGAUUGUGAAUAAAUUGAUUGCUCAGAAACAACUAGAAGUAGUUCACACACUUGAUGGAAAGGAAUAUAUUACUCCAGCCCAAAUUAGUAAAGAAAUGAGAGAUGAGCUACACGUCCGAGGUGGUCGAGUAAACAUUGUUGAUCUACAACAGGUAAUUAAUGUGGACCUGACUCAUAUUGAAAGUAGAAUUGGUGACAUUGUUAAAUCAGAAAAGCAUGUCCAGCUAGUAUUGGGACAACUGAUAGAUGAGAACUAUUUGGAUCGAUUAGCAGAAGAGGUAAAUGAUAAAUUGCAAGAAAGUGGUCAGGUGACCAUAUCAGAAUUAUGUAAAACCUAUGACCUUCCUGGAAACUUUCUGACACAGGCACUGACUCAGCGACUUGGUAGGAUUAUCAAUGGCCAUAUUGAUCUUGAUAACAGAGGAGUAAUUUUUACUGAAGCUUUUGUGGCUCGCCAUAAAGCACGCAUCCGAGGUCUAUUCAGUGCAGUUACCCGGCCCACAGCAGUGAAUUCUUUGAUUUCAAAAUAUGGAUUUCAGGAACAGCUUCUUUACUCUGUACUUGAGGAGCUUGUUAACAGUGGACGCUUGCGAGGCAAUGUGGUUGGUGGAAGACAGGAUAAAGCGGUGUUUGUCCCUGACAUCUAUUCCAGGACACAGAGCACUUGGGUGGAUUCCUUUUUCAGGCAGAAUGGCUAUCUGGAAUUUGAUGCUUUGUCCAGACUUGGAAUCCCUGAUGCUAUAAACUACAUAAAGAAAAGAUAUAAGACUACACAACUCUUGUUUUUGAAAGCAGCUUGUGUUGGUCAAGGACUUGUGGAUCAGGUGGAAGCAUCUGUAGAAGAAGCCAUCAGCUCUGGAACAUGGGUUGAUAUUUCACCUCUGCUACCAAGUUCUAUAACAGUUGAAGAUGCUGCCAUGUUGCUUCAACAGGUGAUGAGACCAUUCAACAAACAGGCAUUGGCUGUAGUCUUUAGCGACACUGUUGUAGUCAGUGAAAAAUUUAUAAAUGAUUGUACAGAACUUUUCAGUGAACUGAUGCACCAAAAAGCUGAAAAGGAAAUGAAAAAUAAUCCUGUACAUUUAAUCACUGAAGAAGAUCUGAAACAAGUCUCCAGUUUAGAAAGUUCCAAUACAAAUAAAAAGGAUAAAAAAGAUGAACGCAGGAGGAAAGCAACAGAGGGCAGUGGAAGUGCAAGAGGAGGAGGCGGGGGCAAUGCCAGAGAAUACAAAAUUAAAAAAAGCAAGAAGAAAGGAAGAAAAGAUGAUGAUAGUGAUGAUGAGUCUCAGUCAUCUCAUACUGGAAGGAAAAAGCCAGAGAUCACUUUUAUGUUCCAGGAUGAGAUUGAGGAUUGUUUAAGAAAACAUGUACAGGAUGCACCUGAGGAGUUCAUUUCUGAACUUGCUGAAUACUUAGUAAGACCUCUUAAUAAAGCCUAUCUUGAGGUGGUACGUUCAGUAUUCAUGUCUUCAACUUCUGCUUCUGGAACUGGCAGAAAACGCACAAUCAAGGACUUGCAAGAAGAAGUUUCAAACCUGUACAAUAAUAUUAGGUUAUUUGAAAAGGGGAUAAAGUUUUUUGCAGAUGACACACAGGCUGCUCUUACCAAGCACUUGCUGAAGACAGUGUGUGCCGAUAUCACUAACCUCAUUUUCAACUUCUUAGCUUCUGAUUUAAUGAUGACAGUUGAUGAUCCUGCAAGCAUUACAAGUGAUGUAAGAAAAAAAAUUUUAAGUAAGUUGUCAGAAGAAACCAAAGUAGCCCUCACAAAACUCCAUAACUCUCUAAAUGAAAAAAGUAUAGACGACUUUUUUUCUUGUCUGGAUUCUGCAGCAGAAGCUUGUGAUAUUAUGGUGAAAAAGGGAGACAAAAAAAGGGAAAGGCAGAUUCUGUUCCAGCAUCGACAAGCACUAGCUGAGCAGCUAAAAGUCACAGAAGAUCCUGCUCUUAUUCUGCACCUCACGUCAGUUCUGCUAUUUCAGUUCUCAACCCACAGCAUGCUCCAUGCACCUGGAAGAUGUGUCCCACAGAUCAUUGCUUUUCUUAAUAAUAAAAUUCCAGAGGAUCAACAUACUCUUUUGGUAAAGUAUCAGGGUUUGGUUGUAAAGCAGUUAGUUCAUCAAAAUAAGAAAACUGGACAGGGAGCUGAUCCCUUGAGCGAUGAAUUAGACAAAGAACAACACAAUGUCACCAAUACAACUCGUAAAGAACUUCAGGAACUUUCUUUAUCCAUCAAGGACCUUGUUCUGAAAUCCAGGAAAUCAUCUGUAACAGAAGAGUAAUGAUCUUAAUUUACUUUUGUUAGUAGUAAGCAGGAAAGGUAAAGAUGAGUGGUCACAAACAAUAACCACAGCCCCCUACACUGCCCAUCAGCCUUCUCCCCCAUGGACAAUUCAAAUAAAGUAGUGGCACUGUAUUAAAUGUAAAUCUUACAAAGAUGUGAAUUUUUGUAAAUUAGA